UCUUUGCGUCCAUGCUCUUGUAAGAUAGAAGAAGAGAGUCUGCGUAUCUCUAUGGCAACCACAAUUAUUUAGCACAGCGCGUUUGUGGGCUCGCGGCGUGAUUAACCUAUCGCCAUUUUACUAUCAAACUCAGUCAUUUCAAUUAGUAAAAGUGGCUACUGCGUUUAGCCAAGAUAGUUAAGCAGCUACAAUGUAGAGGAAAGGGCGGUUGAAGGGUGAGGGAAGUGCUGACCAACGGAUCCCAACAGUUAGCUGCUGGUGUUUGCUAGCUUGUAAUCGAUCAUGUCAGACUGGUGCAACACCGACACAGGGGAGGCUGUCUACAGGUCGCUGGAUGCUAUCAAAAACCUGCGGAUAAAGGUGCAUCUCGAGAGGGUGACCACCACUGCGACUCUCUCGAUGCACCUCCAGCAAGAAGUUCUGACCCAGCAGGAUAGAGGAGCCAUUGAACUGAAACCCCUCACCUCACAGGCCCAGAGUGGCGAUAACGAGGAGCAAGUAGUUGUUGGCUGGCAGGAGAAACUCUUCAGUCAGUAUGAAAUGGAGUUGUUCCAAAACGAGGCGGUGUGCCAGACACCUCUGGACCGCCAGUACCACAAAGAGGUCACGGCCCUGAACAAGGCCAAGGGUCGACAAAAUAACAGGAUCUUCACGUACACGGAUUACGAUCGCUACACCAACUGCCAUCCGCUCCAGCAGCUACAGCAGGGCAAUGAUUUACUGACCGUAACCAAGUCCAGGCCCACCUUCCUGGCUGAGAGGAUGGCCAGCAUGCGACACAGACGGCAGGACAGGCGAACCAUGGACUCCAGCUUUUCCAAGUCCAAGAUCAUCAACUGGGAGCCCAGCGAAGAGUUCAUGAGGAGCAGUCACGAGGUGAACAGCAUCAUGCAGACCAUGCACAUUAUGGGAGACCUGGGGCCGCCUGGAAGACUGGGCCAGAAAGAGAACGAAUGUCUACUGUUCACCGUAAAAACUGAUGGCAACGGAACGAUCAUCGUAAAACCCGACUUCAACAAGGGCAAAGAACCCUACAGGAUCGCCACUGAGGGGACCAACAAAGAAGUUUGGCAUCUCACCGUGGAUAAUGUUUCAGCGCCCAUGAAAACCGAGGAAAAGGAGAGAGAGAAGCACCUGUACAAAGAUCUGUUAGUGAGGCACAAGGAAUUCCCAAAUAGCCUCGUCGGACAGGACUUUGAAAUGCCUCCUCCGGGUAUUCUGCGGUACUUAAUAAAUGGGGAAAUAGUAUCUGCCAAGGGCUUUGAGUAUGAUAACCUAUAUGUCCAUUACAUAGUGGAGCUGCCAAACAACUGGUCCAGCUUGCCAAUGCAGUCCCACUCCGGAGUCACCCACACCUCACGCACCAAAGCAUUAGGGAGGGACAAUGUGGCUUACUUUUGUUACCCCUUCACCUUUGAGGCAUUCUACAUGACUGAAAAAGAGAGCGAGGAAUCAGUGCCCCAUUGGCCCGUGUUGUAUUUCAAGGUUCUGUCACUGGAUGCCUGGCAGCGGUAUCGGACUGAAGGCUACGGCUACCUGCUUUUUCCUGACACGCCAGGUAAACACACUCAGACAUGUGACACGUGGAGACCCCUCCAGACAGGUACAGUCUCUGCAAUGCGACGCUUCUUCAUUGGAGGUUCUCCAGAGCUGGAGGAUCAAAGCUAUGUGAGGAUACCAGGACAUUUCAAGGGAGAGAGGCUAAGUCGCCUGGGCUUUUGUACUGAAAGCUCCGGAAGCGUGACCUUUAAUCUUCACUGCAUCCAGCAAUCGAAGGCCUUUGUGGAUUCUGCAACAUCAAGAAGAAGAAGGCACUAUGUUGCUGACCACACCCAGGGAUUUAGUCAUCAUGAAACACUCUUAAGCACCAUGGAGGCGUUUCAACGGGCCAGAAGAAAAAUGCAAGAAGUCCGAGAAAGUCUUCCCAGAGACUUCAUCGCCUCCGCCUCCCAACUCCAAAUUGAAUGACCUGCUUAGGAGUGAAAAUCAGUGUGACAAAAUCGUAUUUGCUGUUUAAAACAAUGUAUGACUGUGACACAAGAAAGAAAAGAAAGUCAUUUGUGACUUUUUUUUUUAUGAACAAUUUGCUGCAAAGUCACAUCAUGUUUUUGUCAUACAUAAAGUCAAAAUAAAUAAAUAAAGCAA